CGAACGCUCACGGAAAGCGGCCGUGCGGGUCUCUCUCGCCGCCACGCUCGCACGCUACGCAAACUUGAAAACUAAACCGCGGUACUAACUCAGUAAAAACAAACAUAAAAACUAUAAACAAAAAGUGAAAAGUGAGUGAAAGUGUAGUUUCAAAUAGUUUGUUCAGUGCCACGGAGAAUUUAAAGUUUUAAGAUACCUGUCCAACAUUGCAGUAUCUCCAUGAAUUCAUAGGGCUGCCAACUGUAAUCGGAUUGGUGCGUGGAGUCCGCUCAGGUUGCACGGACAUCAAGGCUUAAAUGGGGCGAAGGAAAUUAAAUUAAAAACUAAAGUCCCUUGCACGAUACGCAAAUACUCGCACCGACUGCCGAUGUUUGCUCUCGGAACGUUAUCACUUGAUAAGUUAGAACACAAGCCGCGAGCAAACAACGUUAUCAUGGUAACGUUCUUACCGGAGACUUGGAGCAGCUCAGACUCCGCUCCGCUCGGCCGCGCCAAACACCACACCUGAGGCCCACACUGCUUAUUCCCUCGCCAGCGGAUGGCGCGAUGGAAGUUGGACACAGAUAAACCGGUGAAAGUGACGAUUGAUGUGACUGUUCAGUGUGAUUAGUGUUAGUAGAUAUACCAAAGAGCAAACCAAAGCUAAUUAGCUCAAAUUCCUAGUCGAAAGAGAUUUUACGUCGCCAAACUGGAGGAGCUAAAGACUUUAGAUACGGACCUUGUAGACAAUGUCAGUGCAAAGGUGGAGAAAUGCCUGGCGCAGAACGAGGGGCUCGCGGAGGAGGAGUUCUGCCCCGCGUACUACGACGGGCUGCUGUGCUGGGACGCGACGCCCUGGAACACGCUGGCGGUGCAGCGCUGCUUCAGCGAGUUCCACGGCGUCCAGUACGAUGACACACAGAACGCAUCACGGAUGUGCUUGGACGGCGUGUGGCACAAUUACUCAAACUACGCGAACUGCACAGAACGUAUGACCAACGUGUCGCCAACUGACGUCACUAGCCUCAUCUACCUCGCCGGCUACUCGCUCAGCCUCGCCGUGCUCUCGCUCGCCGUGUUCGUCUUCCUUUACUUCAAGGACCUGCGAUGUCUAAGGAACACGAUACAUACCAACCUCAUGUCGACGUAUAUUCUGUCUGCCUGCAGUUGGAUCUUAAACUUAGCUUUACAAAAUUGGUCCGAUGAGGCCCAACAAGAUCAAACCUCGUGUACGAUUCUGGUCAUUUGUAUGCACUACUUUUACCUCACUAAUUUCUUCUGGAUGCUUGUGGAAGGUUUGUACCUGUACAUGCUCGUGGUGGAAACAUUCACCGCUGAGAAUAUAAAACUGAAGGUGUAUACUACUAUAGGAUGGGGUGCUCCGGCGGUGUUCCUAACAAUAUGGGUGAUAUGCAGGUGCUUUGUCAACAUUGUGCCUUCCAACGCAGCUGAUGGGCUUGCCCUUGCGGGGGAAGCCAAGAUGUGUAUUUGGAUGUCGGAGCACCAGGUGGACUGGAUCCACAAAGCGCCAGCACUCGCUGGACUCGCCCUCAAUCUCUUCUUCCUCAUUAGGAUUAUGUGGGUUUUAAUCACAAAGCUGCGGUCUGCCAACACAUUGGAGACGGAACAGUAUCGGAAAGCAACGAAGGCACUUCUAGUCCUGAUCCCACUGCUGGGCAUCACAAACCUGCUCGUGCUGUGUGGACCCAAUGACGACUCCUGGUUCGCACACGCGUUCGACUAUACACGAGCACUCAUGCUUUCAACACAGGGUUUCUUGGUAGCUUUGUUCUACUGCUUCAUGAACACAGAAGUGCGGCACGCGAUCAGAUACCACGUCGAGAGGUGGAAGACUGGGCGGACCAUCGGAGGAGGAAGAAGGAGAGGUGCUUCCUACUCCAAGGAUUGGUCACCUCGGUCACGAACAGAAAGCAUACGGUUGUACAGCCACCCAUCUAAACGGGAGUCGGCAGCGUCGGAGACAACUACUACUACAUUGCUGGUGCCACGAACAUCACUGUUGCCUCCUCUCGAUGGCAGGCACCUGCACACUGAUUACAUCACAAGCGGGAGCGCAAGCGGCGAUCAGUCUCCAGUGUGAGGCGGGGGGCGGGGGAGGCUGCCGCGCCUGCGCACCCUGCCCGAGGAAGACGGAGUCCCUGGCCCGUCCGUCCCCGCCUCUCCCGCCUCUCCUGCGUCUUCGUCACCGCACAGCCCCGACAUCAAGCAAAACCACGCUACUACGACAACCAACAUCUCAAUACUUCCAAACCUCAACGGGUACCACAAAACUGACCUCCAUAGUCCUCGCACCCCUAAUUCUUUCAGCAAUGGGCCUUUCUCACUCUCUAACAAAAUAGACGCCGUCUCUAAUGCUACCACUCCAAACUCAACCAACUCAAGCCCGAAAACAAAACAUUUUGAAUAUAAUUAACUGCACGCAUUUAACGUUCCUGUGACUAUUGUAAUAUACUAUAGCAACAAUAUUCAUUAUGUGAUGAAUGGAUUAGUGAUAGCGUAUGAAAUACAUUUUUAUAUUACGAAAAAAAUAAUAAAAUUAUUACUUAAAAUUAACAUAAUUCGGAUAUAAUUCCUCAACUUAACGUUAAAUAUACAUAUUUUAAAAUUAAUGUAAUUAGGAAAGUACACUAUGAAACGCUGAGUUUUCUUUAGAAUAUUAGAAAUUGAUAUUUGUGUAUAAUAUUAAUAUAACUAUGCGAUUUUAUUACAAGUCAAGAGUAAAAACUUUUUGUACGUAUGUCACAGAUAAUUUAAGCCAGUAUAUUAAAGUGUUGCCAAAGCUAUGACGGCUUACAUAAGAAUUAUUGUUAAUUAACUAAUUAUUGCAGUAUAGCAUUUAAGUAUAUAGUAUUAAGGAAGAAAUUGGGAAACAAUGCGCUAUUUGUAUCAUAAAUUUUAUAUCAUAUCGUAAAUUUUACAUACAAAGACGUUAUUUUCUAUGUAAUUACUAUUCAUAAUGUGUCAUCUAUGUGAAAAUUAUGAGUGUGAAAGUACUACCAAUUUAUAACUAAUACUUUAGAUAAUAAGAUUGAGAAUUAAAUAAAGCUAGCUAUGUAUGUAUUGUGUAUUAGAAAAAACUACGUGCGAGUAAUCGAUGAACAACUUAAUAAAUAUAAAUGUAUCUUAAAAUGAACAUGUAAAUUCAAAAGUGAUUUAAUGUUUGUACAUUUAUCUGUAAUAAAAUUUGUGAUCGUCAGUAUUCGUGUUUAUUUAUUCGAAGCCAUUAAUCGCAGAGAUUUUCAAAUUAAAUUCUGUUUCAAAAUAUUUAUGUACUUCGUUUAAUCAUGCGAAAUUGCA